CUUGAACAAAUGGAAUUAUUGUAUGGAUAAAGUGACAAAACUGUGUAAAUUUUAAAUCAAACUUUAGUUCAGAAAAAUGAUUUCUUCAAUACAAAUAAAGCUACUUGCUUAUUUAGUGGUGAUAUGUAUGCUCGAAGAAGUUGAUACGGCUGCGCCUGUGUUUACAUUCCCGACGGUAAAUGUCGACUUGCCUGAAAAUCUCAUUGUCGGCGGACCAGUAACUACGCUCAGUGCCGACGACGCCGACGGCGAUAGAAUAGACUACUUUCUGGUCUCUAUAAGUCCAAGAGAUUCUGGGGAAUUAUUCAACAUUGCUGUAACUGGAGAAAUAACAACGAAGGGAGCCUUAGAUUACGAAACCGAUCAAGAAUUUAUCUUAGUUGUAAGAGCGUCUGCGAAUGACGAGCAAGCCGAGCAGACUAUAUAUAUUCAUGUACUUAAUGUGAACGAAGCACCAGAAUUUGAAGGCAACCUUCUGGGAGCUACAGUCAACAAUUACGCCUCUGCCGGGUCACAUGUGGCAUAUACAACAGCCUUCGACCCGGACAGGACUACCGAUAUCUUAUAUGCGGUAACAGGAGGAAAUGAAGAGGGAAAAUUUGCUAUUCAUCAGACGACAGGGCAAGUCUCUGUUGCAGCAGGACACAAGAUCAACCGGACAGAAGUUAUUGCAUACGCACUUACCGUAGAAGCAGCCGACAGUGGACAACCGCCAAAAACAGGAACGACAACUCUUAUUAUUGGCGUUUGUAACAGCUCAUACAGAAUAGCGACUUCCCUACCGCGAGUUUUAAUUAUCUUGAUUUUCAUUUUGUCGUCUGCACUCUAACUCUAAAUACUGUAUAAGAGAUGACGCGAAUGAUGACAUUGAUUUUAUUUCAGAAAGAACACUUGUAGUUUAAUUAGUGCCUUUAGAAGUUGCAUUAAUAUGUUUUCCUUUUCGUUUGUUAGAAUUUUAUUUCACUUAAGCUCAGUGGCUUUAAUAUCAUACCAAUAUUUAUUAAAAAGGAUCGUAGAAAACAUAUAAUUAAGUUAUCACACAGCUGUCCUGAUCAGGAAGAAUAAUUUAUUAGGAUAUGGCAGCAGAUUUUGUCUUUAAAGAAACUUACAUUUAAUGAUUUUUUUGACAAAAAAAUUACACACCAGUUGUAACUAGUAGUAACAAAGUGUAAUAAGGUAUUUUAUCUCUCCUAUUUAGUCCUGAUUAUCGGUUUUACAGCUCUUUAUUAAAAGUCUUUAGGCUUUUUAAACUACAGAACAGGAGUUGCACAAUCCAAUUAAGCCUUUUUAAACUCCUUAUUCCAAGUUUUAGAUUUUACUUCAGACGGGUCCUCACCCGUGCCAAAACACCUUUGAAAAUGUUUUCAUUUUAUAAAAGAUUUUCGACCAUGCGACCACAUACAUGCAUCGCAGCUUACACGAAAGGAACAAAGAGUUGUUUGCCCUUUUAUUUAAGGUUUAAGUUUCAUUUUCUUAUUGUUAUUGAUAAGGAGGCUAAUCUUUACAGAUAUGUCUUGAAUUGGAUUUUAUACAACAAUAGUAACCCAAAGAAAGCGAGGCGUCAAUUUAUGUCCUUUUAAUUUGUCUUUGAAAUAUUAAAUUUCUUUGAAAAUUUU